ACUAAAAGUCAAAAUCAACUGAAAUAAACAAGGAAACUAAAAUGCUAAGUAGUUUGUAUAUAUUGGGAAUACUCAUCUGUUUUGUCACUAUGCAGUCGCUGACUCUCACUGUAGCGACUUUUCAACACUCGCACUAAAUUCUGUUUGGCUUCUCUGUCGCCGGUAAUCGUUGGUCUUGCGAUUUUCAUAUGUGUAAUUUAUGGCUGAAUUUGUGAAGAUGUUGGGAGGCCUGAUUGUAUUUUUUCUGUGUUUCGGUUUGGCUUUGAGCCAUAAGCUUUGCACCAACACCGGUGUGUUAUCGCACACUGCUCGCUAUCAACGAUUUUUAUCGAACAAUUCAUCACGGGAGGAACAGAAUGUUGCUGAUUUACAUUUGAUGCCCACGGAUGAUCAAACGUGGUCGAACUUGAUUCCGAGGAGAAUACUUUUAGAAGGCGAUGAGAUUAGCUGGAAUGCAAUGUAUACGAAAAUGAAGAAUGCCGGUGGUCAGAGGGGGAGGGAGAAUGGAGGCGGAUUUUUGAGGGAAAUUUCGUUACAUGAUGUCAGAUUGGAGCCUAAAUCGAUUCAUGGUAUGGCGCAGCAGACUAAUUUGGAGUAUUUGUUGAUGCUGGAUGUUGACAGACUGGUUUGGAGUUUUCGGAGGACAGCGGGUUUAGAGGCUCCUGGUGAACCAUACGGUGGUUGGGAGGCUCCAGAUGUCGAGCUCAGGGGCCAUUUUGUAGGACAUUAUUUGAGUGCAUCUGCCCUAAUGUGGGCUAGCACGCAUAAUGGCAAACUUCGGAAAAAAAUGUCCUCAGUGGUUUCUGCUCUAUCAGACUGCCAAAUUAAGAUUGGAACAGGUUAUCUCUCGGCAUUUCCAUCUGAGUUGUUUGACCGAUUCGAAACACUGCAAGAAGUUUGGGCUCCAUAUUAUACAAUCCACAAGAUAUUGGCCGGUCUAUUGGAUCAGUACACCAUGGCUGAUAGCGCUCGAGCAUUACAAUUGAUGAAAUGGAUGGUUGAUUACUUCUACAACCGUGUGCAACAAGUAAUAAAAAAGUACACUAUUGAAAGGCACUGGCUAUCACUGAACGAAGAAACGGGUGGCAUGAAUGAUAUUCUUUACAGGCUAUACUCAAUAACAGGUGACCAAAAACAUUUAGCCUUAGCUCACCUGUUUGACAAGCCAUGUUUUCUGGGAUUGCUAGCAGUGAAGGCUGAUGAUAUAUCUGGUUUCCAUUCCAAUACACACAUUCCAAUUGUUGUUGGGUCUCAAAGGCGAUAUGAAAUUACUGGCGAACCACUUUAUAAGGAAAUAGGAACAUACUUCAUGGAUAUUGUCAACUCAUCUCACAGCUAUGCUACAGGAGGAACAUCAGUUGAUGAAUUUUGGUCUGAUCCAAAACGAUUGGCCAACACACUUAAAACUGAGAAUCAAGAAUCUUGUACAACUUAUAACAUGCUGAAGGUUUCUCGUCACCUCUUUAUGUGGACCAGAAAAGUUGUAUAUGCAGAUUAUUAUGAAAAGGCCCUGACAAAUGGUGUCUUAGGCAUCCAAAGAGGCAACGAUCCUGGAGUUAUGAUCUACAUGUAUCCCUUACACCCUGGUGGGUCCAAGGCUAAAAGCUACCAUGGAUGGGGAACAAAGUUCGAUUCCUUCUGGUGCUGUUAUGGGACUGGAAUCGAAUCAUUCUCGAAAUUAGGAGACUCAAUAUACUUUGAAGAGGAGGGAGAAGAAAAGGGACUUUACAUCAUACAAUAUAUACCUAGCACACUUCAUUGGAGAUCUGGCCAUGUCAGACUGAGUCAAAGAGUAGAACCUGUACUUUCGUGGGAUCAAAGGCUCCAAGUAACAGUUUCUAUAUCUUCAAAGACGGAAGCAGAAGUAACACCAUCAACACUCAACUUGAGGAUUCCCUCGUGGACAUCUUCAGCUGGCUCAGAGGCAUCUUUAAAUGGUCAAAAUUUGUCUGUGCCAGCAUCAGGUAAUUUCUUGUCCAUCAAUAAAGGUUGGAUUCUGGGAGACAAAAUUGAACUUCACCUGCCUUUGAGCCUAAGAACCGAGGCUAUUCAAGAUGAUAGGCCAAAUUAUGCUUCUCUUCAGGCUUUCCUCUACGGCCCCUACCUUCUUGCCGGACUUUCAAAUGGUGAUUGGGACAUUAAAAUAAAGUCACAUACUUCUCUUCCAGAAUCAAUCACUCCUGUUCCUGCUGAUUACAACUCUCAACUCAUUACUCUCGCGCAAGAAUUCAGGAAUUCUACCUUUGUCGUAUCAGAAUCUGAUGAACUUAUAAAAAUGGAAAAGUCUCCUGAAGUUGGGACUGAUGCUGCUCUCAGAGCUACAUUUAGACUUGUUGUCAAGAACUCGAAUUCUGAAAAUUCUCCAGCAUCAAUAGACCUCAUAGGCUAGUCAGUCAUGCUAGAAUUGUUUCCUUUUCCAGGUAAGUUUGUGCUGCACAAUGGGGAAGGUAAGAGUCUUUCAGUGUCUAAAUCCUCAUCCAUGGAUAAACAAUCAUCUGUAUUCCGUUUGGUUGCUGGAUUAGACGGAAAGGAUGGGACGAUAUCGUUGGAGUCCAUAUCCCCAAAAGGCUGUUUUGUUUUCAGAGAGCUUUUGAGUGAUUCUGGAGCAAGUGUGAAACUAAAAUAUGGCUCCGGUGCAUCAGAUAUCGAAUUUCAACGAGCAUCAAGCUUUGUAUUGCAAGAUGGAAUAAGCAAGUAUCAUCCUAUUAGCUUCAUUGCAAAAGGGGUGAGAAGAAACUUUAUAUUAUCUCCGUUGUUUAGCUUGAUAGAUGAGUCUUACACAGUAUAUUUUAAUACAUCUAAGUGAAUUAUGGUGGAAGUGUAAACUCUUGAAUAGAUUAAAGUUAUAUUGUGUCACGUUGCGAUUUA